UUCUCUAACCCACCCCCAAUCACCCAAAACCACGACCAAAAAGAAAAUUAAAAUGCAGACUUUCCUGAAAACUCGCAUUUCUCCCCCGCCCGAUUGACGUUCUAGGUUAUGUAAAAUGUCAAAACAAGAACUCCUGCAACAAUACAAAAACGAUGUGAACAAUUUACGAAAAUGUGCCAAAGAACUAAACUUCAGUGAUAAAGAAAUUACCAAAAUAUUUAAACAAUGUUUCAACGAAUUAGACCACGAAAAUCCAAAGCCGCCUCGAAACUCGGGCAAUGCUCAAAAAUACGCAACGACAAUACUCAAAAUAUUUUUUAUAUUUACGCUAGUCUCGACGUGCAUCUACAUUUUACUGAACGUACAUCAACCCACUUCCAGUUUGGUGCUCAGAAACGUGCAAGGUCUGAUUUAUCCGGGCCUUAAAAUAUUAAGGUUUCUGUCUGUGCCCAUAAUUCGGAAAUACCCAUCGCUGACAGGGUUGUACGACGAAAGUUGUUUGGUGGAAAAUCCGUACUUUUAUGUGUCGGAUAUGGAGUGUUGGCCAUGUGAAAAUGUGCACUCUGUGAUGGAUCUAACGGGGUUUGAUAAUCACAGUUUGUACCAAUCAGGCACCCCAUACAUAAUCAAAACGCAACAAAAGGAAGUAUUUUUUGAAGAUUUAAAGCAGCUGUAUGUAGAUAAUAAAGGGGUUUUUGAUAAAGAAGCCAACUAUAUCAAAUCUACUAACUCAUCUGUUAGUAGUUUGGGGGAGUUGUUUGAGUUUGGGGUGCAGUCUUCCACUCACGUGACCUGGAGGAUUAACAAAAUGUCCCCUGGGAGAUUAAUAAGGCAGCUAUUUCCUAGACCACCUAUAAUCUCUGAAUGGUCAGGCCAAAGUAUAGAACGUUUUAUAAUCAUGGACGCCCCCAAUGCCACUCCUUACGUUCUACCCAAUCCUGAAUGCAGCUACGUGAUUCUCACCCAAGGAAUGGGUGAAAGAACCAUAAUUCUAAAACCAUCUAGGGAGUGUGGCGACGUUUGUAAAACCGUGUCUGUGGUCCUCAAGCCCUCGUAUAUGCUAUGGUACAAUUGGUGGUACUGGCGCCCCAUCAGUCUUCCCAACUCCCCCGAGUCCUCCAUCACCUACCUAAGCUCUUACUGUUAACCCGACUGAAUAAACUAUUUUAACAAACAA